CAUUUAUACCUCCUCAGUAAGCCAGCUGCCCGUGGCUUGCCAGUUGAUCCAGUCCUCCCACCAGCGCUGUGUGUUUUUCUUCUUGGGACUUAGGUGCUCAUCAACAAAACCAAGAUGUCUGAUGAAGAAAAAAGGAAGAGGGCAAUCACUGCCCGCCGGCAGCAUCUCAAGAGUGUUAUGCUCCAGAUUGCUGCUGGUGAACUUGAAAAAGAAGCUGUAGCCAAAGAACAAGAAAAGGCCAACUACCUUGCAGAGCACUGUCCACCUCUGUCACUCCCAAGUUCCAUGCAAGAAUUGCAGGAAUUUUGCAAAAAACUUCAUGCUAAGAUAGAGGAGGUUGAUGAGGAAAGAUACGACACAGAGGUUAAGUUACAGAAAACUACUAAGGAGCUUGAAGAUUUGAGCCAGAAACUGUUUGACCUGAGGGGCAAGUUCAAGAGGCCACCUCUGAAGAGAGUCCGCAUGUCUGCAGACGCUAUGCUACGUGCCCUUCUGGGCUCCAAACACAAGGUCUGCAUGGAUCUUAGAGCUAACCUGAAGCAAGUCAAGAAGGAAGACACUGAAAAGGAGAAGGAUCUUCGUGAUGUGGGUGACUGGAGGAAGAACAUUGAGGAGAAGUCUGGCAUGGAGGGCAGGAAGAAGAUGUUUGAAGGCGGCGAGUAAUAGGAACCAUGCAGCUGUUCAGUCCAAUCCUCAUCCCCCAUCCAAGUCCCACCGCUCCUUUUCCACCUAUCCUGCCACCUCAUUUUCUGCCAAUCCUUUACAGCGCUGUUUUUGGGAUGACUGUCCUCAGGCCACAGUUGUAUUUCAUAGAGCAAUCCACCUUACAGACCCUACCCGCAGCCUGACCCCAUGUUAUUGCUGGAAAGAUAAUUGUCUUGAGCUGUGAAAUGUCUUAAAACCCAUUUUGCAACAAUGGUAGCUGCAUGACCUGAAACAAUCCAGUCAUUAAAUCCUGUAAUUUGGUAGGACCUGUUGUUACAACUAAACUGAUGUAAAUAAAGCUUUGGAAGUGUGGCUGAA